UAGGCCUUAAAGGCAUCCGGAACUUGGAAACCUUUAUGAGUCUUCCAAUUAUCUAUGUGCCUGUUUGGGCCAUAGAAUUUAAGGGCUAGAAAGUACGGAAACCAACCAGUCAAAUAGAAAAGCAUCGUCAGCCUUCGCUGUCCCUGAUUGGGCAGUUUGCAUAAAGCGAUGUAAGCAGCCACCUAUCGGAGUAUGGAAGCUCUCCGCCUCCUGGGCUGGAACGGCGCUGAAUUUGAAGUGGGUGGCCGAAAAUCCAGUUCUGCUCCCACCCCACCCCACCAGGACCCGCGAAGCUCAAUGUCUCUCCAAGGGGGGUUCGGCGCAGAACGACCCAACAGGAUAAGCGAGAUGGAGGGGAUGACGCUGUGAGGGUCGAGGAGGGGAACGGGCAUUACCCAAGAUGGACCCCCGGGAAGCCGGUGGGGGCCGCGAGAGCAGCAGUUCCAUGGACCGGCACCUGAGGAGCAGCCGCCGCCGGUUCACCUCUGUCAUGAGCAGCAUUAUCGAGAAGUACAACUUUCCCUUUGAUGGUGAUACGAUUGUCUCUAUCAAAUCGCUGACUUACGAUACACCGGAUGGGCCAAAAUCUUGGGGAGAAGAGUCAAUUACUGAAAUAACAAAGAACUCUGAUCAGGAUACUGUGCAAUGUCAGAAAAAUGCAGACAUAAAAGGAGAGCAGAUUUCUGAUGCUGAAGAUGAAGACUAUGAGGAUUAUCAGUCAUCUGAGGAAGAACAGUUCACGAAUUCACAUGGAGAGAAUCUACUUGAUUUUGGUCACAAAAACAAAACAGAUUUGGCAUCCAUUAAAAGACGUUUGGAAAAUACACAUAUCAAGGAGAAUAUUCCUCUUGUGCACUAUUCUGGAACACCUGACAAGAAUAAAUUCAAUGUUGAAAUGGAUGUGCUGUUGGAGGACUGUACCAGCUCCUUGCCAAAGUUGCUUACGGUUACAAGAACAGAAGCAAAUAAUGUUCACCAAAGGUCUCCUUCCCAAGAGUUGGUGGGUGACUCUAUAUCUGAUCACCAUGCUGUGGUCCUGAGGAAGCAAGCACAUUCUACACAUGGAGCUACUUCAUCUAUAUUUACACAGUUGUGCAACUCUGCUUCUCCAGUGUUAUCUGCUUCAACAACUGUAGAGGGAAAUCAAUCCCUUUGGAACAAUAAUGAAACUGGCUACAGUAGCUUUUUGGAAAUGUACGAAUCUGCCAAUGAGCAUUGUUCUUGGAAUAAUGUAACAAUAGCAGACUUGUAUCCAGGAAUGGUGAAAGAACUCAGCAGGCUGAUGUGUGAAGUGUCCUACAAAGCCUCUUCCUCAUUACUCAAACGCUACAGAUAUGGGUAUUGGCAUCCUAAAAAAACAAAGCUUAAUGGCGCUACAGAAAGAGUGAGGAAGUUCAGAGCAUUAAAAGUGAAGCCUAGUUUGACCAUUACAAAAGAUGUUUGGAAGAGGAAUAAACUGCCCAUGGCAAAUAAUGGAAGCAAUAGUACUUUUGAUUAUGGCAAGCCCCAAAGACAGUGUUCACUGAACAAUGUCACCAGAGUAAUGUCUUCCACAUAUAAUACAAACAGAAUGGAAACAAACUGUUCUGCCAUUGCAGAAUAUCAUUCAUACACACAGAGACCACGACAACAUGCUGUGGGGGCUACUAUUUUUCCUUGUAAUAUUUCUACAGAAGAAACGUUUCUAGUCGAAGGUCCACCUUGCAUCCCUUCAUUUUCAGACUGUAUUAAAAAAGGUCAGUCUUCCAAAGACUACUCUUCUGCAAAUUACAAAGUAGAUUCAGGACAAACACUUUGUCUAGCAGAAGAAGAUUCAACGGAGAGAAUGAGCACUAUGACAUUCAAGCCUACAUCAUGUUUAAGCUUGUCCUUGAAUAGUAGCACAAGUAUUUCUUUGCAAAAUAUCAAGUUUUCUCCAGUGAAAACCUUAAAUAAGCUACCGGACAAUCAUGAAAUUAAAAAGUUCAGUACAGCUGUUUCACUACAACGAAGUCAUUCAUUUCCAUCACUUCCCAUUAACAGGAGUCCCAUCAAAGCUCAGAAGAAACAUGAAGAUGCAUUUGAAAAAAUGUACAAAGAAUUGUGUUCCCCAAAACUGCAGAAACCAGCUAAAUUUGCAAGUAUAUGCACAAGCCCAAGGAAGUCGCCAGAAUCACACCUGUCUGUUUUUAAUAGACUGCCUUCAAAGACCUAUAAGAAUCCUAACACAUUUGAUAGUAUUUAUCAGAAAUUGUGUUCUGAAGGAUUUCCAAAAAUCCCUACAUUUCUGAGAGCUGCAAACUUAAAACGAUAUGAAGGAAUACAAAUGUCUGAAACAGUAAAUGCCCUAGUCAAUUCUCCCAUAAGAACUCUUCCUGCAGUUACCAGAAUUAAAAGAGCAGCCAAUUUCUACAAUGAAGAUCUUCAGUUUUCACCCAUGAAAAGAUUAAAAAAUAUAUCCGAAAAUUCUUCAUAUAGAAUAUGUCAGAAACCGCCUUACUGGAAAAACAUUAAUUUUCAGAAAUCUGACAUUACUUUCACAUUGCAUACUCCUAAUACAAACAAUUGGGCCUCAAAAAAUCUGGAUACUGGAUUUUUUGUUCCUUCAAAUCACAGCUUUCUGGCUAGGUCAAGCACUUGCAUGCAAGAAUCCAGGCAUGCAGGUGAAAACAUUCCCAGAUCUUUACAAAGCUGUGGCUCCCUCAGAAAGGCGCAAAACGGGGUGUCCAGAAAACUCGGCUAUAAUGAUGGGAGAGUCAGAAGUACAGGUGCUUAUGCAGACGAACUUGUAUGCAGAGAUUACCAAGGAUCAUUUCAGGAGGGAUGCAGUGAUGAAAUAUCAUGAUUUUACAAGAACAAAAUAUUGUGAUUAUGCCCUGCCAUUUGCAAAAUGCAUAUGCUUCAAGGGAAGCUGAGUAGCAGCCACAGCUCUUGAACAGUUCUUCUGUUUUGCUUCCAGGGCUUAAGAAGCUAUACUGCCUAUUCUUCCUUCUUGAGAGCUCACCAGACUGGAGAAGUGUCUCCUAUAGAGAACUACUUUCUUGAAUUGGUGGGGGAAGGUAGAGAAUAUAUGUUCAGCUAUUUCUAAUGUGUUCUGCUUGUCUAGUCAAAAUCUGUGCAUAAAUGUAGUAAUAAGCUGUUUAAUGCAUUUAAUGUACAAUUCAGUGAACAGAAAAUUUCAUUGCUAAAAAUACUGGAUUUAGAUGAACCUAUAAUGUGGCUUGUAAUAUGCUGUAUUUCGUUCUAAUGUAUUAAAUGUAUAUUGCUUGACACUUAUAUCCUGCCUAAUAAAACUUUUAUAUUGCUGUA